AUGUUUUUUUACAUUCUGAACGGUCCGUACUUCCAGGCCGGCAAACUUUCGAUCAUAACCCUCCACGCAUGGAUGGUUCCCUCGCAGCAGGAGCGCGUUGAAACAAUUUCAUUGUUCUUUGUGUCCUUUGUGUUCUUUGUGUUCUUUGUGUUCUUUGUGUUCUUUGUGUUCUUUGUGUUCUUUGUGUUCUUUGUGUUCUUUGUGUUCUUUGUGUUCUUUGUGUUCUUUGUGUUCUUUGUGUUCUUUGUGUUCUUUGUGUUCUUUGUGUUCUUUGUGUUCUUUGUGUUCUUUGUGUUCUUUGUGUUCUUUGUGUUCUUUGUGUUCUUUGUGUUCUUUGUGUUCUUUGUGUUCUUUGUGUUCUUUGUGUUUUUUGUGUUCUUUGUGUUCUUUGUGUUCUUUGUGUUCUUUGUGUUCUUUGUGUUCUUUGUGUUCUUUGUGUUCUUUGUGUUCUUUGUGUUCUUUGUGUUCUUUGUGUUCCUUGUGCUCUUUGUGUUCUUUGUGUUCUUUGUGUUCUUUGUGUUCUUUGUGUUCUUUGUGUUCUUUGUGUUCUUUUUGUUCUUAGUGUUCUUUGUGUUCUUCGUGUUCUUUGUGCUCUUUGUGUUCUUUGUGUUCUCCUGGCACAGCUGUGCUUCAACUCGCCGCAAAAAGCUGCAGACGCGCCAAAACAAGAUUCUUAAAAUGAUGCUGGACUUGCCGUUUAACUUCCCGACGGACGAGCUCGAGGAGGCUAACACGGAAUCGCUGGACACCUGGACAAGCAAGCUGCUACAACGAUUUUGGACUAGUUGCACGAUGUCGGAGAACGCUCUGAUAUCGAGUUUGGUGCCGUGA